CGAUCCUCACUAGACACUGACAUAGCAUCCUCAGCAGCCCACCAUCGCGCAGUCGCUACCUGUCCCUUGGCGAUUGUCGCGACUUUUGGCACAACAUCACCGACAGCAUGGCGCAGACCUUAGCCGAGAAUGGCCUCCCUACGAUCCAUCACCAUCCCCAUGCUCCUACGACCGGCAAUCGCAAGAAACAGAAGAGGAGGGCGAAGCAACAAGCAAAGCUGAAUCCUGGCUCUGAUGAAGCCUCUUCCGAUCAUCACUCACAGCCCGGCCAACCUCCGUCACUACCUGAAGCCUUGACUGACGACGAGGACGACGAAGACGACCUGCAAGCCACCUAUUCUGCGCGACCGCCGCUGGCCAACAGCAUGAACUCAUACCCUAGCAAUGAUGACUCUGUGGAACCUUUUCGCAAGAAGCGCAACAAGAAGAAGAAGCGCCGAAACUCCAAUCAUUCUGUCUACGCCGACCAUAUGCGCCCGCCCAUGCACCAUGCUCCUCUGCCGCACUCUAUGCCCAUGUCGACUAGCGCUAUGAGAUCUGGACAACGAACCUCCAGGCAAGAUCGAAUCUGGAACACAUCAACUCAGGAAGAGCGUGAACGCAUCAAACAAUUCUGGCUGACGUUGAGCGAGGACGAGCGAAAAUCCCUACUCAAGAUCGAAAAGGAGGCUGUCUUGCGCAAGAUGAAGGAACAGCAGAAACAUUCAUGCUCUUGUACAGUCUGUGGUCGCAAGCGAAUCGCCAUCGAGGAGGAGUUGGAAGUGCUAUAUGAUGCAUAUUACGACGAACUUGAACAGUACGCCCACCACCAAGGCGGCGAAUCAGGACACGGCAUGCUACCACCUCCGCGCAGUUUACCACCCCGACACCUUCACCCUUCCUCCGCCGUACCCUUGCCGUUAAGCACACAUCAUCAACAUCCCCACAACCGACCGAACAGAGUCCGCGAAGUCUCGGAAUAUGAAGACGACGAUGAAGAGGAAGAGGAAGAUGACAUUGACGAUCAAGAGUUGAGUGAAGAAGAAGAAGGAGAUAAAGAAGAGUACAGUGACGAGGAAUACAGUGAUGAAGAGGAGGAACUCGAGGACGACGUGCCCAGAGGUAUAGGUAACGACUUCUUCAACUUUGGCAACAGCUUGACCGUCAAAGGUGGCAUUCUGACAGUGGCCGAUGAUUUGCUCAAGAACGACGGCAAGAAGUUUAUCGAAAUGAUGGAACAGCUAGCCGAGCGUAGGAUGCAACGCGAGCAACAGGCCGAGUACGACUCAGCACAACCCUCACAUACUUACACAUCCAAUGGACACGACCCGCCGCUGGACGAUGAAGAGUACGAUGAUGAGGACUACGACGAGGAGGAAUAUGACGAGGACAGUCAGGAUGAGGAAGACGAGGACGAGAUGGUAACACGGGAUAACUCUUGGGAAGUGGUCACGUGCGUCACUGACAAGGUACAGGGCGGCAUGACCGAGGAGCAACGCAUGGAAGAAGGUCGUCGCAUGUUCCAAAUCUUCGCCGCCCGCAUGUUUGAACAACGCGUCUUGACCGCCUACCGAGAAAAGGUUGCUGCCGAACGUCAACAGAAACUACUGGAGGAGCUGGACGAUGAGAACAAGCAGCAGCAAGAGCGGGAAGCCAAAAAGGCUAGAGAUGCCGAGAAGAAGAAGAACAAGAAACAGGCCCAGAAACAGGCGAAAGCCGAAGAGAAGGCUAGGAAGGACGCCGAAAAGGCCGCGGAAGAAGCUGCCGCAAAGGCCGUCGAGCAAACCAAGCAAGAGGAGGCCAAGCAACGUAGGGAGGAACAGCGAAGGAAGAAGGAGGCUGAUCGAAGAGCACAAGAAGAGGAGCGACAGCGCAAAGAAGUCGAACGCCUGAAACGUCAGCAAGAGGAGCGCGAACGUCAACAGGAAGCCGAACGCAAACUUCGUGAGCAAAAGGCGCUCGAGAAAAAGCAAAAAGAAGAGGCUCGCCAGAAGGAACGCGAAGAGCGAGAAGCGCGUGAAAAAGAGGCCAAGGAGAAGAAAGCCCAAGCAGAACGCGAGAAGCGGGAACGAGAGAUGAAGGCGAAGGCUGACAAGGAGGCCAGGAGUCAGCAGGCGCCACAGAUGAUCAAACGCCCUUCGCAAGCCGGCAUGGUUGCUGUACCUCCAGGUCUUCUCACCAAGCAGACUUCAUCCAUCAUGUCUUCACCACAUGUCGCUGUGGCCACUCCCGCUUUGCCUAAGCCUUCUACCCCAGCCCAGCCUCGUCAAAGCUCUUUCCAGGGUCAGAAUGCUACUUCCCCCAGAUCACAACAGGCUCCUACUUUGAUUCCAACCAAGUCGACCUCUCCAGGACACGCCUUCAAUCAGUCCAUGCCAAAGUCGAUCUUACAGAAGUCGCAGAACCAACAACCUUUUUCGCAACAUCAACCUAUCUCGCCUGCCAGUCAGCUCCCUCCACCUGGCAUGUACCCUCAGCAUCAGAACAAUGGUUUCAGUGGCUUUCCUACGAGCAUGGCUGGCUUCCCUGGAUUUGGGGCUCCUCAUGGACCUAUGAUGCACCAUCGCCCCUCGCUGCCUGGAUUCUCUAAUGGACCUUUCGGCAGCGGCCCUUUCCAGCCCAUGCCCCCAAUCAACUCCAUGCAUACUCCCCCUCCUGGCAUGAGUGGUCUGGGUAUGAUGGCACAAGGUCGAGGGUAUCCUCUUGAAAGUCCUCAAGGAUUGCAGCAGCAAAUGCCACCUGUCGGAUCACCCACAGCUCCGCCAGGUUUUGGACUCACUCGCCAUAGUAUUGCCUCACACUCCCGCACGCACUCAUCUGACAAGAACACAUUCGAGUCCAUCAGCUCACCUGCACCAAUCACUCGCCCAACUCCAAUUCAGCGACCCUCAUCUAUACGACCUAACAAUCCCGACAUGGAUGGUCUGAGCAAACAUCUUGGCAGUAGUGCACUCCUCGAUGAUACAGACGAUCCAUUGCCUUCAGUACCAGAGAGCCGCCGAGCAAGUGCCAUCACUGGACCUAGAGGCUUCGGCUCACCUGUGUUCACACAAACUCAGCCACGCAUGGACGUUUUUGGUGCCAAUAGUAGCUGGACUUCCCCUUCAUUGUUCGGCGCUCCACCAGGCUUCUCCACCCCGAGUUCAUCGUGGAACCCAAACUCGAGCAGUGGCUGGUCUUCUAUGCCUUUCGGCAAUUUAGGUCACCGACCUUCGGGACCCAACCGUCCCCAGUCGAUCCGCAUAGCGGUCUGUCACGCAUGCAAGCAGCUGGCCACUCGAGAGCCUACCCCUGACAACUAUCACUCUGUGGAAACUCUUCUGCGCCAGAUUGAAACUUCUCGUCCUGUUCUCGAUAGCCCAAUCACGGUGAAAGAGAUUGAGGCCAUCUGUGACACUGAAGGUGAUGCUCAGAAUGGUGGCGGGUUCUUGCACGCGCGUCAAGACGCCUCUGCGCCUGGUGGCUUUGCAGUCAAGUUCGAGCCCGAUGCAGGAACUCCUGGAUCUGGAAGGCACUCUCACUCCCUGGGCCCGAUCAGUAGUCCCGUGCCUGGUCACUCCGUGCCUGCCACUGGCUUUGGAGGCCCAACGGCGAUAGGAAGAGGGACAAGCUUCCAGAGUUUAAGUUCUGCCAUGGCAACCUCCGGAACCUCGUAGGACGGGAGACUGGGGGAGGAGCCGGGCAUCUGGGCCCAAGUCAAACCCCAUGGGGAUCGAUCUGGGAGAUACUUCGCGUCGGGUCACUGGAUAUUCAGGGCAGCUCCGAAGCUGAAAGCUUGAGUCGACCCACCGUCCCUUGCCGCCUAAUGGUCGUCGUGUUUCCCAUGCAUCACCACUGUUUGU